CGCCGGACGAAAGAUGAAGCUAUAUGCGCUGAGCGGUGACCCGGCGAAGCCGUGCUAUGUGCUCAGCUUCAAGGGCUUGAUGAUAAUGUUGGACUGCGGCUUGUCGAUCAGCUCGGUACUAAACUUCCUGCCGCUCCCACUCGUGCAGAGCUCCAAGUUUCAAAGCCUGCCAAACUGGAACUGCCGGGACUCGGAUAUACAGCUGGAGGAUGCGGAAAUAAAAGACUGCUGCGGGUGUGCGUUCGUCAACUCGGCGCCAGAGUUUGUCCCGCCCUUGGAGAAACUGAUCGAUUUCUCCGAAAUUGACGUGAUUCUGAUAUCGAACUACACGAACAUGCUCGCCCUGCCGUACAUCACCGAGGGAACGGGUUUCUGCGGUACCGUGUACGCGACGGAACCUACGCUGCAAAUCGGGCGCUUCUUCCUGGAGGAGCUGGUCGAGUACAUCGAAGCGUCUCCGAAAGAGAACACGGCCAAGCUGUGGAAGGAACUGGAGCACCACCUGCCGCCACCGUUGAAUGAUGUGUUUAAGCCGAAAAGUUGGCGCCAUCUCUUCAGCAUGGACGCGGUCAACAAGAGCCUGGCACGGGUGCAGAUGACGGGCUACGAUCAGAAGCUUGACAUCUACGGAGCCCUAAAAGUGACCCCGAUAAGUUCUGGCUUCUGCCUGGGUUCCAGCAACUGGACGAUCAUGUCCGGCCAGGAAAAGAUCUCCUACAUCAGCGGGUCGUCCACCCUGACCACCCAUCCGCGGCCGAUCAAUCAGGCCGCUUUGAAGUAUUCGGAUGUGGUCAUCAUGACCGGCUUAACGCAAGCGCCGCACGUAAACCCCGACGCGAUGCUCGGCGAGCUGUGUAUGAAUGUGAUGAUGACGCUCCGGAACGGUGGUUCCGUGCUGAUACCGUGCUACCCGUCGGGCGUGGUGUACGAUCUGUUCGAGUGUCUCUCGGUCAGCCUCGACAACCAGGGCUUCACGCAGAUACCGAUGUUCUUCAUCUCGCCCGUCGCCGACAGUUCGCUCGGUUACUCGAACAUCCUGGCCGAGUGGCUGUCGACGUCGAAGCAGAACAAAGUGUACAUUCCCGAGGAACCGUUCCCACACGCGAGCCUCGUCAAGAACGCCAAGCUGAAGCACUUCAAGCACAUCGACUCGGAGGGUUUCAGCACCGAGUUUCGGCAACCGUGUGUGGUGUUCUGCGGACACCCGAGUUUGCGGUUCGGCGAUGCCGUGCACUUUGUCGAGCUGUGGGGAUCGAAUCCGCUGCACACGAUCAUAUUCACCGAGCCGGACUUUCCGUAUCUGCAGGCCCUCGCCCCGUACCAGCCGCUUGCGAUCAAGACCGUCUUCUGUCCGAUCGAAACGUCGCUCAACUUCCAGCAGGCCAACAAGCUGAUCAAGGAGCUGAAACCGGGCGUGCUGGUGAUACCGGAGAACUACACGCAACCGCCGGCGAUUGCACCGCAAAAGCUGGACCUCGUGAUCGAUCAGCCGCCGGACAAGAUGAUCAUUAAGUUUAAGCGCGGCGAAGUGAUCAAGCUACCGUUGAAGCGCAAACGAGGCCGCGUGUACCUGAACCCCAAGAUGGCGAAGGCGAUCGUACCGCAGGAGGUAAAACCGGGCGUUACUCUGUCGACGGUGACCGGAGUACUGCAGGUGAAGGACAACAUUCACGAUCUGCUACCGCUCGAGCCGGUGCCCGGCGAGGCAGAGGAACAGGGUAAGGGUAAGAGUGCCACCGGCCCGCCACAACCUCACGGCCAACUGCGCAACAUCCGGUACGAGUGGGGUACACUCGACAUCAACCUGCUGCUGAAGAAGCUGGCCCAGGAUGGGUUUAGUGAUAUCAAGGCGGAACAGGCGGGUCCGGACGAGGUGACGCUCUUGCUGCCGAGUGAGGACAACACGCUCAUUAAGGUGAGCGAAAAGUGUACGGAGAUCGUGUGUGGCGGGAAGCAGAGCUUACGAUUGAAGCUGCGCGAUCUGCUGCUGCAGUGUGUGCAGAGUUUUUAG